AACACAAAGUAAAUCAAGACAAAAUUAAACCCAAGGUAUAGGUAACCGGUGACUUACUCCUAGGGCACAAAAAAUAGCGUAUUAAUACUAUAUAUAUAGGUGAUAUGAUAUUAAUUAAGGUGCGAAAUUUAAGCAGAAACUAAUGGAGUAUGAAGAUCAAGAAGAGGAGCAAGAGUUAGCAUACAGCACUGAAUUAUCAGUCCUCCCCAGCCCUGUCCGCUACAAGGAGUGCCUGAAGAACCAAGCCGUGGGCAUCGGCGCCCACGCCAUCGACGGCUGCGGCGAGUUCCUCUCCGCCGACGACUCCCUCAAGUGCGCCGCCUGCGGCUGCCACCGCAACUUCCACCGCCGCGUGGGGUUUGGGAACCUGCAGCAGCCGCUACUUCUGGCUCACCCGAUGGGCUGCAGAAGUAGCGGCUACUUGCAAAUGAGGCCACCCCCGAAGAGGGCAGCCCUAGCGCUGCCCUCGACCUCAGGGGGCGGCCAUGGGGACGAGAUGUUGGAGGAUUACUACUCCAGGCCAGGGAGCAGCGGGGCGAAGAAGAGGUUCCGGACGAAAUUCACGGCGGAGCAGAAGGAGAGGAUGCUGAGCUUGGCGGAGCGGCUGGAUUGGAAAAUCCAGAAGCAGGAUGAGGAAUUAGUGCAGCAAUUCUGCGGCGAGGAGGGUAUCAAGAGGCACGUGCUUAAGGUGUGGAUGCACAACAACAAGCACACUCUUGAAAAACCUGAAGCCUUCUGCACUGCAUUCAUUGCCUGUGUUAUUGGUAGAAUUUCGAACUCUGUGCAACUUUUUACUUCACCCUUGCAUUUAUUGGGAGAAGUUUUAAGCCCAUCCAUUUAUUUCCACUGCAUUCCUCUUUUUACUUUGAGGCGUGAAGCGAAUUUAGCCACCAAAUUGGCUUUAUUAAUUAACACAUUGGUAUUUUAUUUUUCUACUAUUGCUCACGUAAUAUCCAAGAGCAUUAAGAUAGUGAAUUGACUUGUCGUGAAAGAACGAGCUAUCCGAUCUUUGGAAGACGAAAUUCCAGUGAUGUGUGAUUUGAAUCCGUUGAAUUCAUUUUGUUA